CCGGGAAGCCCCGCAGCUGCAGCUCCUUCCGCGUGUGGGGGGUGGUGGAGGGAACUGGGGUGCCCAUAUCUUCCUGCAGCCCCCCAGGAGCUGCAGUCUGCGCCAGGGACCUCUGGUCUGAACUCCAGACCAUGGUGCUCGCCUUCACCCUCCGCCUCCUGGUCAGCUCCGCUUUGCUCCUCGCCACCGUGGCUCAAGUUCUUCAAUGCCGGUUCCCACGCGUCCGGUAUGGGAGGAGACUAUCCAUUGCUCGCUCUUUCUACAAGAUCGGGGACACCGUAAGCUUCGUGUGCAACACAGGGUACACCUUAAAGGGGUCCAGCACAAGCACGUGCCAAGCUGACUUGAGAUGGAGCCCACCUCUGCCAGUGUGCAAAAAAGAGGUGACGUGUCCGCAGCCACCAAACAUCGCCAACGGGCAGCACAGCGCAAAGUCCUUGGACAAGUUUUCCCGGGGACUGACUGUGUACUACAGCUGCAAGGAUGGCUACGCGCUGGUCGGGAACGUGUCCAUCACCUGCACAGAGGCCGGGGUGUGGAGCAAGACCCUGCCCCGCUGCGAAGCAAUCGGCUGUGAGAUACCCAAGGUGCAGAACGGGAAUGUCUACAAGCCACAGAGCACCUACAAAGCUGGAGAGACUCUUCACUUUGACUGUGACGCUGGUUAUGCUGCAGAGGACAACUACGAGGCUCAGUGCCAGCCGGGAGGGACCUGGGAUCCGCCGGUGCUCACCUGCGAGAGGAUCCGACCGUGUCCCAUGCCUCCGAGGGUCCGCAACGGAAAUCAUAACGGCCAGGGCAAAGCAGCUUUUACCAUGGGAAUGUCUGUAACAUACACCUGCGAUCCUGGCUACUACCUGGUUGGAAAUGCCGUUGUGUUUUGCAAAGCGUCUGGGAACUGGAGCCAGCCAGGUCCUCACUGUGAAGAGGUGACGUGUCCGCAGCCACCAAACAUCGCCAACGGGCAGCACAGCGCAAAGUCCUUGGACAAGUUUUCCCGGGGACUGACUGUGUACUACAGCUGCAAGGAUGGCUACGCGCUGGUCGGGAACGUGUCCAUCACCUGCACAGAGGCCGGGGUGUGGAGCAAGACCCUGCCCCACUGUGAAGCAAUCGGCUGCGAGACACCCAAGGUGCAGAACGGGAAGGUCCAUGGGCUGCAGAGCACCUACAAAGCUGGAGAGACUCUUCACUUUGACUGUGACGCCGGUUAUGCUGCAGAGGACAACUACGAGGCUCAGUGCCAGCCAGGAGGGACCUGGGAUCCGCCGGUGCUCACCUGCGAGAGGAUCCGACCGUGUCCCAUGCCUCCGAGGGUCCGCAACGGAAAUCACAAUGGCCAGGGCAAAGCAUUUUUUACCAUGGGAAUGUCUGUAACAUACACCUGCGAUCCUGGCUACUACCUGGUUGGAAAUGCCGUUGUGUUUUGCAAAGCGUCUGGGAACUGGAGCCAGCCAGGUCCUCGCUGUGAAGUGUCUGUCUGCAUAAAUCCAGACAUAGAGAAUGGAAGGCAAGUUGAUGGUCAAGGACUUAUCUCCACACCUGGGCAAGCGGUGACAUUUCAGUGUGACAACGGCUUCAGCCUGCAAGGCAGUGCGAAAGUCUUCUGCCAGGAGGAUGGCAGCUGGCUUCCUCCUGUUCCCAUCUGCAAUAGACUGUACCAUUACCAGGAGCUGUCUAACAGGCCAGAAUUUCAAGGUGGUUGUGGUGCUCCUACAAGGUUACACUUUGCUGAGCUAAAUGAGGAGCAUAAAAAUGAGAUCGAUUUUUCUGUUGGGAAGACUGUUCAAUACACUUGCCGACCUGGAUAUGCUAAACACCCAGGAAUGUCACCUACUAUUACAUGCCUUGAGAGCGGAGUGUGGUCAGAAGCACUAGAGUUCUGUAAAAGGAAACAAUGCAAUCAUCCUGGUGAACCUGUGAAUGGGAAAAUUGUUUCCCUAACGGAUCUCAUGUUUGGGUCAACGGUGCUCUACAGCUGUGAAGAAGGGCACAGGUUAAUUGGACAAUCCAGCAGGCGAUGUGAGAUUUUUGGUGGACGUGUUGCAUGGAGUGGCGACAUUCCCACUUGUCAGCGUAUCCCUUGUGGGCCGCCUCCAGACAUUCCCAACGGGAAGCACACCGGCAGGCUGCUGGAUGAAUAUCACUUCGGCAUCUCCGUAACUUACACCUGCAACCCCGGGUACCCGCUCCACGGAGAGCCCUCCAUCUACUGCACCACCCAGGAUGGGAAAAACGGCGUGUGGAGCAGCCCCCUCCCACACUGCGGAGAGGCAAGAUGUCCUGUCCCACAGGUCCGGAAUGGGAGAAUGGUGUCUCCUCCUCGGACUGCCUACACACACAAGGACACUGUUGCCUUUGAGUGUGAGCCAGGCUAUGUUAUCCGUGGCCACAGAGUGGUACAAUGCCAACUAAAUAACACCUGGGAGCCACCCGUGCCAGUCUGCGAGCAGGCUGGCUGCGAUGCACCUACCAGCCUGGCGUUUGCUGAGCUGAAGGAGCCAUACAGCAACCAGACCGUCUUUCCCGUGGGGAGGACAGUGGAAUACGUGUGCCGGCCUGGGUACGCCCAGCACCUGGGGAUGCCACCGACCAUCACGUGCCUUGGCAAUCGGACGUGGUCUGCGGUGUUGGAGUUCUGUAAAAGGAAACAGUGUGCUAACCCAGGAGAUCCAAAGAAUGGCAGAGCUGUUGUCCUGACGGACCUCCUCUUCGAGUCCAAAGUGAAUUACACUUGUGACAAAGGGUACAAGUUGGUUGGAGGGUCUCAGAGAACAUGCGAGGUCUCUGGCACACGUGUCUCUUGGAGUGGAGAUGCUCCCGUCUGCCAGGGUAUCCUCUGCGAUCCGCCUCCGGACAUCCCCCACGGGAGACACAGCGGGCACUUGAUGGGCACCUUCUCCUACGCGGACGUGGUCACCUACACCUGCGAGCCCGGCCACGCGCUGGCUGGAGAGCCCUCCAUCUUCUGCACCACGGUGGACGGGGAGCACGGCGUGUGGAGUGGGCCACCGCCGCGGUGCGGAGAGGUGAAGUGUCCUCAGCCUCCAGGCAUCGCCAACGGGAAGCACAGCGGCCAGCCCUCGGACACCCACCUUCCAGGCUCGGCUGUGCAGUACAGCUGCAGGGACGGCUACUCCCUUGUCGGGAACGCCUCCAUUAGUUGUACUGCCGAGGGAACGUGGAGCCGGCCCCGGCCCCGAUGUGAAGCAAUCGGCUGCAAAAGACCAGAGAUCGAGAAUGGAAGAGUGAAUGGACUGGAGACCACGUACAAACUCGCAGACAUCGUUAUCUUCGAAUGCAAUUUUGGUUAUGCCUUGAAGGGCUCUCAAGAGUCUCAGUGCCAGUUUGGGGGCACGUGGGACCCUCCUGUCCCCAUCUGUGAAAAGAUGCUAGAGUGUCCUUCCCCUCCAAAUAUCAACAAUGGCCAUCAUGACAGCAAGGAUGUCAAAGUGUUCAUCCCUGGAAUAUCAGUGAAGUACUACUGUGACCCAGGGUACGUCCUCACCGGGAAAACAACAGUAUCUUGUCUGACAUCUGGAACCUGGAGCAUCCCUUACCCCCGGUGUGAAGUGAUCACCUGCAUGAGCCCCAACAUCCAGAAUGGAGAAGUGGCUGAAGGACAGAGAGCUGAGUACCAUCCUGGGGCCAACGUCACCUUCCAGUGCCACCCGGGCUACGUGCUGUGGGGCAGCCGUGGAGCCAAGUGCCAGCCCAAUGGCCGCUGGGCGCCUGCUGUCCCCACCUGCAAGCCAGCUGGCUGUAGGGCACCAACAACGUUAUUGUUUGCUGAGCUAAGCAAGGAGUAUAAGAAUCAGACUGAGUUUCCUGUUGGGAAGACUGUGAAGUACACUUGUCGGCCUGGAUACAUGAAACAUCCACAAAUAUCACCAACUAUUACGUGUCUUGAAAACCGGACGUGGUCUGAAGCCCGGGAGUUCUGCAAACGGAGAAAGUGUGAUCAUCCAGGAGAACCGGAGAAUGGCAGAGUUAUCGUCACAACAGAUGUCUUCUUCGGGUCAACGGUGAAUUACACCUGCAAUGAAGGGUACAGGCUGGUUGGAGCGUCCCAGCGGCACUGUGUGAUUUCGAGCUCUGGGACGCGAGUGCAGUGGACCAGUGAUGUUCCUGUCUGCCAGAGUAUCGUCUGCGAUCCGCCUCCGGACAUCCCCCACGGGAGACACAGUGGGCACUUGAUGGGCACCUUCUCCUACGCGGACGUGGUCACCUACACCUGCGAGCCCGGCCACCCGCUGGCUGGAGAGCCCUCCAUCUUCUGCACCACGGUGGACGGGGAGCACGGCGUGUGGAGUGGGCCACCGCCGCGGUGCGGAGUGUCGCAGUGCUCUCACCCUCCAGCCAUUGCCAACGGAAACCACAGUGGCCAAGCCACAGUAGUUUUCACCAGCGGCAUGUCCGUGAGCUACGCCUGCAAUCCUGGCUACGUUCUUGUUGGAGAGGCACAGCUAAAUUGUACUUCUUCUGGAGACUGGAGCAACCCUGCCCCUCGGUGUGAAGGGCGGCUGUGUCCCUCCCCAUCGGCCAUUGACCACGGCCAGCACGACGGUGAGGAUGUGAAAGUGUUCAUCCCUGGAACGUCUGUAAAUUACAGCUGUGACCUCGGCUAUGCUCUUAUUGGUGAAACAACUCUAUACUGUACGGUCAAUGGAACCUGGAGCAUCCCUUACCCCCGGUGUGAAGUGAUCACCUGCAUGAGCCCCAACAUCCAGAAUGGAGAAGUGGCUGAAGGACAGAGAGCUGAGUACCAUCCUGGGGCCAACGUCACCUUCCAGUGCCACCCGGGCUACGUGCUGUGGGGCAGCCGUGGAGCCAAGUGCCAGCCCAAUGGCCGCUGGGCGCCUGCUGUCCCCACCUGCAAGCCAGCUGGCUGUAGGGCACCAACAACGUUAUUGUUUGCUGAGCUAAGCAAGGAGUAUAAGAAUCAGACUGAGUUUCCUGUUGGGAAGACUGUGAAGUACACUUGUCGGCCUGGAUACAUGAAACAUCCACAAAUAUCACCAACUAUUACGUGUCUUGAAAACCGGACGUGGUCUGAAGCCCGGGAGUUCUGCAAACGGAGAAAGUGUGAUCAUCCAGGAGAACCGGAGAAUGGCAGAGUUAUCGUCACAACAGAUGUCUUCUUCGGGUCAACGGUGAAUUACACCUGCAAUGAAGGGUACAGGCUGGUUGGAGCGUCCCAGCGGCACUGUGUGAUUUCGAGCUCUGGGACGCGAGUGCAGUGGACCAGUGAUGUUCCUGUCUGCCAGAGUAUCGUCUGCGAUCCGCCUCCGGACAUCCCCCACGGGAGACACAGUGGGCACUUGAUGGGCACCUUCUCCUACGCGGACGUGGUCACCUACACCUGCGAGCCCGGCCACCCGCUGGCUGGAGAGCCCUCCAUCUUCUGCACCACGGUGGACGGGGAGCACGGCGUGUGGAGUGGGCCACCGCCGCGGUGCGGAGUGUCGCAGUGCUCUCACCCUCCAGCCAUUGCCAACGGAAACCACAGUGGCCAAGCCACAGUAGUUUUCACCAGCGGCAUGUCCGUGAGCUACGCCUGCAAUCCUGGCUACGUUCUUGUUGGAGAGGCACAGCUAAAUUGUACUUCUUCUGGAGACUGGAGCAACCCUGCCCCUCGGUGUGAAGGGCGGCUGUGUCCCUCCCCAUCGGCCAUUGACCACGGCCAGCACGACGGUGAGGAUGUGAAAGUGUUCAUCCCUGGAACGUCUGUAAAUUACAGCUGUGACCUCGGCUAUGCUCUUAUUGGUGAAACAACUCUAUACUGUACGGUCAAUGGAACCUGGAGCAUCCCUUACCCCCGGUGUGAAGUGAUCACCUGCAUGAGCCCCAACAUCCAGAAUGGAGAAGUGGCUGAAGGACAGAGAGCUGAGUACCAUCCUGGGGCCAACGUCACCUUCCAGUGCCACCCGGGCUACGUGCUGUGGGGCAGCCGUGGAGCCAAGUGCCAGCCCAAUGGCCGCUGGGCGCCUGCUGUCCCCACCUGCAAGCCAGCGCUGCCUUGUCCUCCACCUCCUGUCAUCGCCCAUGCCACGCACAGCGCAGAGCUUGGGGCAAACUUCACCAGCGGCAUGUCCGUGAGCUAUAGCUGUCAGCCCGGCUUCUUCCUCCUCGGAGACCCCUCUGUCUUGUGCACGGCCUUGGGGAACUGGAGCCUCCCGUACCCACGCUGCACAGUGGUGCAAUGUCCUUCACCUCCAAAUAUUGACAAAGGGGAUCACAACAGCCAUGACUUGGAGGUUUUCAGUCCUGGGAUGGUUGUAAAUUACAGCUGUGACCCUGGCUACAGCCUCCUGGGAGAGGCUGCCAUUUACUGCACCGACUCUGGGAACUGGAGCCUCCCUCUUCCUCAGUGUGCAGGUGGCUGUGGUGCACCUCCAAACUUAACCUUUGCUGAGCUAACUAAGGAAUACAAAAAUCUGAUGGAGUUUUCUGUUGGGGACACCGUGCAAUACCGCUGCCAGCCGGGAUACAUGAGACACCCCGGAGUAACCCCAACUCUGACGUGCCUCAAAAACCACACGUGGUCUGAAGCGCUAGCGUUCUGUAAAAGGAAGCAAUGUAAAUACCCAGAAACACCAAAGAAUGGCAGAGUUGUUGUUCUGACAGAUCUCCUUUUUGGGUCAACCGUGAGCUACACAUGUGAAGAAGGGCACCGACUGGUUGGACGGUCUCGUAGGCAAUGUGAGAUCUUUGGAGCAGAUGUCGCAUGGAGUGGUGUUCUUCCCAUUUGUCAGAAGGUGGUAUGUCCAGUCCCACAGAUCCAGAAUGGGAGAGUCUCUGUUCUUAAAUAUGCCUACACAUACAAAGAUACUGUUAUCUUUAAGUGCCAGAAAGGCUUCACCUUGCGAGGUAAUCGCACAGCCCAGUGCCAAGCUGAUAAAACAUGGGAUCCACCUGUACCUGUCUGUGAGCAGGAUGGAGUGGCAGAACACUAUCAUCAUCCUGAUACCACAGUGAAGCCAGUAGUGAAGUGUCUGCCUCCUCCAAGCAUUGCUAACGGGGAACACAGCAGUCAUUUCUCAGACACUUUCAAUGUAGGAGCACUUGUGCACUACCGCUGCAACCAUGGCUUCUCCCUCGUUGGGACAGCAUCCAUUUAUUGCACAGAGUCUGGAGCCUGGAGCCGUCCUUCUCCGGUCUGUCAAGUUGUGAAGUGUCUCCGUCCUCCAAAGAUCACGAAUGGGAAUCUCAAAGGCAACAUCUCUGACACUUUUUCCUAUGGAGCAUCUGUAUCCUAUAGCUGUAAUCCUGGUUAUUCACUCGUUGGGAAUGCUUUCAUCAACUGCACAGUGUUGGGAACCUGGAGCCAGCCUCCUCCUCGGUGCAAAGAGAUCAGAUGUGUAUUCCCAGAAGUUCAAGGUGUUAAGAAAGCCAUCAAAGGAAAUACUUAUCGCUCUGGGACUAAUGUCACUCUCGAAUGUGAUGAUGGUUACACACUGGAAGGCAUCAGUCAGAUUCGGUGCCAAGAGGACUUCAGCUGGGACCCUCCUGUACCAGCCUGUAAAUUGAUGUCACGGAAGUCUGGCUCAGUAGGCCUAGGAGUCGCAGCUGCAGGAGUCCUGCUUCUCCUGGGGGCAGGCAUUGUCUGGAAAAUUAGUUCUAAGCAGAAGGAAGGCUAUUAUCGUACAUAUGAAAACUACCAAAGCCCUCUGAACCAGGUCACUGAACAGAAAUGUUCAUGUCUUCCAUAGAAGGCGGGGCAUCCGUGCUGCCACCAACCACACAAUGGACUUGUUCUCCGUACAGUCACAAUUUAACCCCAAAAUUGUCUUAUCAGCAACUAUAUUCACAUCUGCAGCACCACCAAUGCUUCUUUGUGGUGUUCCUCUAUCAAUGCUUCACCUAAUAAAAGCUGAACGUGGGACAA